CACCUUGAAAAUGGCAUCAUCCACAGCCACCAUUUCUUGCAUUUCUCCGGUUUCAGUUUCUUGGUCCAUUUUAAUUCCCGGUCCCAAGAUUGUCAAUUCGCGAGCUCCUUCACUGAAGCUUGAUGAGUUUAUUAAAAUACGAGGAGUUACUGCUUCUAGGAUACCUAGAUUUCGUAGAUUAGCUGCUUUUUCUGUGUCUGGAGAUGGUAGUGCCUCUGUCGAGAAGACUGAUGUGCCUUUCCCUAACGAUUACACGGAGCUUCUGGAACAGGCUAGAGUAGCAGCUGAACUGGCCAUGAAGAAUAACAAACAGCUAAUGGAGAUUGAAUUCCCAACAGCUGGACUUCAGUCUGUGCCAGGUGAUGGUGAAGGUGGAAUAGAGAUGACUGAGAGUAUGCAAUUGAUUCGAGAAUUUUGUGACCGGUUCAUUAGCCCAGAGAAAGCCUCGCGAACAAGAAUAUUUUUUCCAGAGGCUAGCGAAGUUAAAUUUGCCAGACAAUCAGUCUUUGCUGGAGCUUCUUUUAAAUUGGACUAUCUGACAAAGCCAUCAUUUUUUCAAGAUUUUGGUAUUUUUGAGAAAGUGAAAAUGGCAGAUAGAGUGAAGCCAGGAGAUGAAGUUUUCUUGGUAGCUUAUCCAUAUUUUAAUGUCAAUGAGAUGCUUGUUGUGGAAGAACUUUACAAAGAGGCGGUCUUGAACACUGCAAGGAAACUGAUCAUUUUUAAUGGAGAAAUUGAUCGUAUAAGAUCAGGGUAUUAUCCACCAUUCUUCUAUCCCAAGCUUGCUGCACUCAAUAAGACCCUCCUGCCUGUGAUGGAAACUGUUUAUUACAUUCAUAAUUUCAAAGGGCGCAAUGGAGGAACACUCUUCAGGUGCUAUCCAGGACCCUGGAAGGUCCUCAGAAGAAAGGGGAAUAAAGUUAUUUGUGUACAUCAGCAGGAUAAUAUGCCAUCCCUUAAGGAAGUUGCCCUUGAAAUUCUUCCGUCAGCUUGAGACGCCAGCAACUGGGUAAUGGUAAGCAAGUUCCGUUUGUUUCAUGCCAUAGGUAGUGCCUUCAAUUUAUUUUACAAGUGAUAUUGUAUAUAGCGUUACUCAAGUUGUGGGCAAGACCGGGGUUCACAUCUAAUCUAAUUGUUAAUUGAUUUACAAAACAUGGAGUUCAAGAAACGAUUUCCUUUGGCCGUAAUAUAAAUGAUCCAAAUAUUCCCA